AUGCUCUCAAAUUCAAAUGCUCGGAACCCAGGUUUCAAGAUUGGGAUUCUCGCUGCCUUGCCCCUAGAAGCACAUGCUAUCAGAGGGAUAUUCGAUCGGAUCGAUGGCGAAGAUGCGGAGACCGAUGCAGCUAGACCUUGCAUCAAAGCCCCAAUGGACAUGAACUCGUAUACCACCGGCAAAAUUGCAAAUCACAGGGUCUUUCUCGCACACAUGCCGGGAAUGGGCAAGGUGAAUGCGGCAGCAACAGCAGCGGGUAUACAAGCAAGCUUUACCGAGCUGAAGCUUGUUCUGAUUGUCGGAAUCUGUGGCGGAGUCCCGCAAGCCCAAGAUCAAAUUCUGCUUGGCGAUGUUGUGAUCAGUAAGAACAUUGUGCCGGCGGAGAAUGCGAUCUUCCACCCAUAUGGCCCAGUGCCAGAAAUCACCGAGCAACCACAAUUUGGAAGGCCUACGUGGGUAGUGCGUUCGUUGUUGGCCAAGCUCGAGGAUCAGAAGACGGACCUCGAGAAGAUAACGUGCAGAUACCUGGACCGCUUGCUCCAGAAGCCAGGUUUUGCACAAUCGCGGUAUCCUGGGGAAAAGGAAGACCAGCUUUUCCGGCCGGACUAUAUUCACAAGCACCGCAACCCGCACGACUGCGACUGUGUUCAACCGGGAAAAUCUUGCACUGUUGCAAAGCACUCCUCGUGUGACCAGCUCGGCUGCGAGCCUGCGUAUUUGAUCCCUCGGGGCCGCGAUGAAAGCACUCAGACACUAAUGCUUCAUUUUGGCUCCGUUGCAUCUGGAGAUCAAGUCAUAAAAUCUGGUCAGCAUCGCGACAAAAUUGCACAGACAAAGGAAGUCAUUGCUUUUGAGAUGGAAGGAGCAGGGGCCUGGGACUAUUUGCCAUGUCUCAUCGUCAAGGGUGUGUGCGAUUACGCAGAUAGUCACAAGAACAAGAAGUGGCAAAGGCAUGCCGCAGCCGCUGCUGCGGCCUGUGCACGAGCUGUUCUAGAUCUAUAUGAGAACUCUAUAGAGCAGGAUGAAGAAUUGACACCAUUACAGCAACGAUCAGUAUCACAAUCUCGCGUCUUAUGUUAUGACGAGCUCAUGGGACUCAAUCAACAAGCACAUUUGCAAAUCGAAUCAGCCGAGGAAAAGGCCACCAUAAAAUCGAUGCGAAGUGGACCAACUCUUUUCGACAGGCUUCCCUGUAUUUCAGAGGCGGUUUACAACCACUAUGAUAGACAGCAUGACCCCUUAUGUCUCGAAGGGACUCGGACGGCCGUUCUCAUAGACAUUUACGCAUGGUCCGAUAGCCAGAACAGCAAUAUGAUAUACUGGCUGACUGGAUGGGCAGGGAUAGGCAAGUCGACAAUAGCUCGAACGGUUGCUUACACUUGGGGCGCUCAAGGCCGUCUCGGGGCAACGUUCUUUUUCGAUGAAGUUCCAGGCGGCGGCAAGCGUAGCGCACGCGAGUUCAUUACAACUAUUGCUUACCAACUUGCCAGUGAAUUCCCAGUCCUCAUGUCUUUUAUCUCCGAAGCGAUGGUCAAAGACCCUAAUAUCUGCAUCAAGUCACUUGGGGAUCAGUGCCAAAAGUUGAUCUUGAGACCCAUAUCCAGAGCUCGAUUUGCUUUUCACGGACUGCCGAUUGUGCUCAUUGUCGAUGCUCUUGACAAUUGCGAGACUUCUGAGAUUGGUAUCGUCAUUCGCUUGCUCGGGGAUAUCAGUUCGGCCGGUGUACGAGUUUUCAUAAGUAGUAGGAUGACACCCACCAUAGCUUUCCACCGACGAAGCGAACACGAUGGCCGGUUCCAGGCUUUUGAGCUGCAAGACAUCUCCCAAGAAAUCAUUGAUCAGGAUAUUUCUCUCUUCUUCCAGCAAGAGCUACAACAGCUGAACACAAACUGGGAACAGGGCGAUAGCUUCGACGGCUUGUUGACAGAACCGGUGGUAACUUCCUCUGGGCGAUAA